GUAGGAUAUAUAACAGUGCUGGCUGUUCAUCAUGCUGCCUCUCUCGGUAGGAUGAAGGAAGAGCUAAAGAACAAUUAAUAGCGCUGAAAUUGCAGCCUUUAUCACCACCCCUUUCGUGAAAAGGGUCCUGCCUGUGAAACUAUGAAAAUGCAUCCUCCUGGGUUGCUGUUUUUCUUCAUAGCAGCAUGUUUCACUCCCACAGCUGAGUGCCAGAGUCGGAAGUUAAAAUCCAUGCAGUGCAACGUCAGGAUGACGUUUACCAUGAAUACAGCCUGUACUGUUUGUGCUGCAGCUCCCAAAAUGUUUUGUCCGAGAGGCUGGAUAAAGACCACCCAGGGAUUAGGAGUGAGGGACUGCAGAUACACUGUCAAGUUAGGAGAAAACACGCUUUCCCAGCCAGGGUGCCGUCACAUAUGUAAGAAGGAAAUUGAGGAGAAAAAGUGCUGCCCAGGAUUCUGGGGUACAGAGUGCUAUGAGUGCCCGGGUGGUUCUCAAAAUCCCUGCAGUGGCCAUGGGAUGUGCUUGGAUGGUAUACAGCGAAACGGGACCUGCAUCUGCAAGGAGCAAUUCAGUGGUUUUGCCUGCCAGAAUUGUCGAGAUGAAAAUCGUUUUGGCCCAGACUGUCAGUCAGCAUGUGACUGUGUGCAUGGGGAAUGCAACAGCGGUGUCACUGGAAACGGAAGCUGCACUUGCUAUGGAGGCUACACUGGCCCCAGAUGUGACCAAGAACUUCCCCUUUGCAAAGGCAUGAUGUGUGAGGCUGACAGCCAGUGUGUGGUAAAGCACGAGACAGCGAUGUGUGACUGCAAGCCGGGCUACAGAAAAAGUGGGAGCACUUGCCAAGUUGAGGAUCCCUGUGCUUCUUCACCAUGCUCCCCCUCAGCUGCAUGUAAGGUUCUUGGACCACGAAAGUAUGAAUGUACCUGCAAAGAAGGAUUUCAAGGAGAUGGGAAGAUAUGCCAGCCCAUAAACCCCUGUGUUGACAGCAAUGGAGGCUGCCCAGAAAACUCUACACUCUGUGUUUACAAACGUCCAGGGGAGGCAUCUUGUGUUUGCAAGCCUGGUAUGAGUAGGAUAAAUUCUUCAGCAGGCUGUUCUGUGUUUCCCAAUGACUGCCGGCCAUAUUUUUGCGACUUGACUUCCAAGUGUGAAAUUAAUUCCCACGGGAAUCCUAGCUGUGUCUGUAAAGAAGGGGAGAUUGGAGAUGGGAGAAGUUGCUAUAAAGAUCUCAUGAGUGAAAUAAAUCAACAGAAUUCGCGAGGAAGGUUUGUUAGGAGAUUAAACGUCGCCAAGAAAAUGUUUGCUUCUGGUUGUUCAAUGUUGCUGACUAAAUAUGGGCCUUUCACAGUCUUUGUACCGUCCCUCCUUCUGAUUCACGAUAAAAUGGAAUUCAAUGAUACUGUUGCAGAGCAUUUAUGCAGAAUACACAUUGUUCCUGGUCUGCAUUUGAUAGAAGACCUGAUAAAGACCAAGACUUUGUGGACCUUGUCCGGACACCAGCUGACCUUCAACAGCCAGAUAUACAGCAAAUCAUUUCGAUAUCAAGACCUGCCAGGGGAACUGUACAAUGUUUUGCAUUCGAACAUACCAGCGGCCAAUGGCAUUAUACAUAUUGUUAACACAAUAAGGAAAAAAACCAACGUUGACAACAUCGGAAACCCACAGAAAACCAUUGGUGAGAUCCUUGCUUCAAUGGAGAUCUUCAAUCGAUUUGAAACUAUACUGGAGAACUGUGGCCUGCCUGCAAUACUAGAUGGACCAGGCCCCUUUACUGUAUUUGUACCCAGCAAUGAUGGUGUGGAUAAGCUGAGAGAUGGAAGACUCAUUUAUCUUUUCACAGAGGGCAUAAAUAAACUUCAGGAACUUGUGAAACAUCAUAUCUACACUUCCGCAGCGGUGACUGUAGAGAAACUGAUAAUGAUGCCACACAUUUUUACUAUGGCUAACCAGAUAAUUACCAUCAACAUCAGUGCAGAUGGAAGAAUUCUGAUGGACGAAUCGGGGAUCCCCAUAAAUAUGAGAAACAUUGUGGCAUCAAACGGUAUCAUUCAUACUUUGGAUGGCAUCUUCAUCCCUCCUUCAAUAGUCCCCAUUUUGCCUCACAGAUGCAAUGAAGAACAGCAUAAAAUUGUGACAGGCUCUUGUGUGGGUUGUGAGGCCCUUAACAGCAGUGUUUGCCCACCUGGUAGCAGAGAAAUGGAACCAACACUCUUCCCAAAAGAAUGUGUCUACCUUCACGACCCAGAAGGUCUGAAUGUCCUGAAGAAGGGCUGUGCCAGGUACUGCAAUCAAACCGUCAUGAAACCUGGAUGCUGCAAAGGAUUCUUUGGUCCAGACUGCAUGCCAUGCCCAGGGGGAUUUUCCAGUCCUUGCUAUGGCCGGGGAAACUGCAGUGAUGGCAUACAGGGGACUGGCAACUGUCAGUGCUUUGAUGGUUUCAAAGGAAUAGCCUGCCACAUCUGUUCAAACCCGAACAAGCAUGGCGAGAACUGUGAUGAAGAUUGUGGCUGUGUCCAUGGCGUCUGUGACAACAGGCCUGGCAGUGGGGGCGUAUGUCAGUCCUGGUCCUGUAAGGAGGGCUAUACCGGGAAAUUCUGUGACAGGACAUCUAAGAACUGUGGCCCAAGUGGGCUGUCCCAGUACUGCCACCAGAACGCUGUCUGCAGCCUCAAUGACACGGCAAGAUGCAUCUGCAUGGAUGGAUAUGAAGGGGAUGGCUUUUCCUGCCAGCCCAUUGACCUGUGCAGUCAGCCAGAACGAGGAGGCUGUUCACAGAACGCUCUGUGUACCAGCACGGGCCCCGGCACUGCCGUCUGCCAGUGUAACAAGGGCUGGACAGGGGACGGGAAGGCCUGCGUGGCUAUAGACAACUGUAUGCUGGAGAGCAGAGGCGACUGUCACAUCAACGCCAACUGUGUUUAUAUUGGCCCUGGCCAGAGCAAGUGUGUGUGCAAGAGGGGUUACGCUGGUGACGGCCACAGUUGCGAUGCAAUCAACCCAUGCCUCAUGGACAACGGUGGCUGCCAUGACUUGGCUACGUGUGAACCCCUUGGAGGAGGGGAGAGGUCCUGCACUUGCCCUCAAGGCUACCUGGGGGAUGGCACGACAUGCUAUGGGGACAUUCUAAAAGAGCUGGCCAGGAGUUCGUACUUCGCAGGCUUCUAUGACUGGGUUAAGUGUGACUGCAAGAGCGGGAUGGCCGCUACAGCUGCCGGUUAUGUUUUGCGGUUUUGGUGUGGCACUGGCAUGUCUUAUUUGUUCAUCUUUGUGCUUUGGACAAACAAAAACUUGAGCAAGGCUGAGAAAGAUAUCUGGUUGACCCCUUAUAUGCUGCCAUUUUUAGUCAGGGCCCACUUUCUCGAAGGUGUCUUCACUGGUGAAGAGCUCAGGAAGUACAAGAGACCAGAAUUACCCACCCUCAGCCCACAGACCAAAUGGCAGAUAAACACCAAGAGUGACGUAUUAACCAUUCAGAACGCAAGUAUAGUGGUCAGUGACAUCCCUGCCAGCAACGGCAUUAUUCAUGUCCUUAGUAAGGUUUUGUUGCCUCCUGUAGAAGAUAUCCCACCGAGUCCCCCAGGUCUGCAGAAACAGCUUGACACAGUCACCUCAUUCAGCACAUUCAAAGAGUUGUUACAGCAAUACCAGCUCAUUGGAAAAAUUGAGUCCUCUGAAAAAUAUACAGUAUUUGUCCCUGGAAAUAAUUCCAUUGAGGAGUACUGCCGUGCUGCCAAUGUGACGCAAUUGGACAACGAGACAGUGCAGUACCACAUUGUACUGGGAGAGAAGCUCUUGCCUAGGGACUUGAGAAGUGGAAUCCAUAAGAACACCAUGUUAGGGUUCUCCUACUGGCUAAUGUUUUACCAAAACAGCACCCAGAAGUUCGUCAAUAAUGUUCCUUUGGACGGAAAAUUUUUUGAGACGAAGAAUGGCAUGUUAAUUGGGGUUUCACAGGUCCUCCAGAUACAGAAGAAUCGUUGCACUGCCAAUACCACCACCAUGCGAAAGUCAAGAUGUGGCAAGUGCGAGAAGGGGAUCAAGUGUCCUUCUGGAUCAGUUCUUGUGGAACUUCCAGGAAGCAAGAAUCUCCCGCACUGUGAAUUACGGUCUGGGCAUGCAACAACACUUGGCUGCUAUUUCACCUGUGCAAAAGUUUCUUUAAGGUCUGUCUGCUGUCCAGGUUACUACGGACAUAUGUGCGAGAUGUGCCCAGGGAAGCCAGGCCAAUGGUGCUCCGGGAACGGGGAAUGCCAGGAUGGCAUUGAGGGCAGCGGAGAGUGUCGAUGCCUGGAGGGUUUCCAUGGCACUGCCUGUGAAAUGUGCGAAGUGGGCCGAUACGGAGCUGACUGCAAAUCAGAAUGUGCCUGCGACAAUGGUAUAUGUAACGACGGACUGCAAGGAGAUGGGAGCUGCGAGUGUUUCCCAGGGUGGAAGGGCCCUACCUGCCAAGAAACAAUCGAGAUUGACUUAUGCAAUAACACUUGCCAUCAAAUGGCCAACUGCCUGAAUGGCUCAGCAGACACCUCACCUACUUGCUCGUGCUCUGCUGGAUACACAGGGAAUGGGACCCAUUGCACAGAAAUAGAUCCGUGCACUAUUGAUCACGGUGGCUGCUCCAUACAUGCUGUAUGUACUAAAGUGUCCCCAGGAGAGAGAACCUGUGUUUGUAAGGAAGGCUAUGCUGGAGAUGGGACACUCUGCCUGGAACUUGAUCCCUGUCUUGAAAGCAACGGGGGGUGCCACACCAAUGCUGAGUGCAUUAAAACAGGCCUGAAGAAGGUUGCCUGCAACUGUCUUCCGGGUUACAGUGGGGACGGUGUGAGCAGGUGCAAUCCCAUCAACUUGUGUGAACAGAACAAUGGAGGCUGCAGUCCCUUUGGCCUCUGCAAGUACACAGGACCUGGUACUCGCAACUGCUCCUGCUCUUGGCACAGUGUUGGAGAUGGCUUCACCUGCCAUGGCAAAGUGUAUCAGGAGCUCGCAAGGAUUGAAGGUGCCUCCAUGUUCUUUAAGAUGAUACUGGCGGAAAAGAUCAAGGAGCUCAGUGGGGCAGGGCCUUUCACUGUCUUUGUCCCACGGACAGAUUUCAUAGAAAACACCACAACGUUUGAAGAAUGGAAGAGCAGAGGCCUCCUCCAAGAGCUGCUUCGCUACCACAUGGUGGGUUGCCAGAAAUUGCUGUCCAGCGACCUGGAAGCCCAGGAGUCCCUUACAUCUUUAUCAGGCCAUAAAAUAAAGAUUGAGGUGAAAGAGAAUAGCAUCUAUCUCAAUGAGGAAGCUACAGUGGUUGCUGCUGACCUCAUUGGCAUGAAUGGGGUCAUCCAUUUCAUCAACAAGAUCCUCAUUCCAAGCGAGCUGGUGGACCAUAACAUUUCCUCAAAGAUCUCACAGCAAAAUAUCACAGAGGUGGCAGAGGCCUUUGGGUACAACAUUUAUAGCAAGCUGCUAAAGGACGCAGAGCUGCUGCCUCUGGUUAAUGACCCCCUGCAUAGACCCUUCACCAUGCUGUGGCCCACAGAUGCUGCAUUUAAUGCCCUCUCAGAGAAAAGGCAGCGGUGGCUGUACCGCAGAGAGCAUCGGGACGUACUAGCUUCCUACCUCAAAGCGCACAUGAUCAGGGACACAAAGAUUGUUGCUGGUAAUGUGCCCCAAGUCGAACGUGUAUGGACCAUGCAUGGCUCUUCUGUUUUGUUCAGCUGCAGCAAAACCCAAAUUGGAGAGCUUCUGGUGGGAAAUGGUGAUGCCGUGAUCAUCCAGAGGCACAUGGAGUUCAACGGGGGCAUUGCUUAUGGCAUCGAUAGGCUGUUGGAACCACCAGAUCUGGGAUCUCGGUGCAAUGAGUUCAUCUCUGUUGAGUUGCAGGGAUCUUCAGAGACCUGUGGACUUUGUGGUUUCGAGCCACCCUGCCCUGCCGGUUCAGUUCAACGGGGGGAAACCAAGAGCUGCUACUAUUACGGAAACCAGCUGUUCAGAAACACUUUUCUGUUUCAUCGCAACUCUUUAUUGCGGCCAUCCUGGCCGCCCUCCCCGUGGGACCGCUUCAGAAGGCGCUUCUCUUCCAGGGGACCUCUGAAACAAGGCUGCAAGAGGAGCUGUAUUUCCACCCAGUGGGUCCCUCAGUGCUGUGUGAACCACUAUGGCCGUGACUGUCGGGUGUGCCCCGGAGGGCUGGAGGCGCCAUGCAGUAACCGUGGUACCUGCGAUGACAAAAUUGGUGGCUCGGGGAGAUGCAACUGCAGCCAGGCUUUCAUUGGGACCAGCUGUGAGCUGUGUGCUCCAGGCAGAUAUGGGCCACACUGCAGAGAAUGUAACUGCACUGAAAAUGGUGUGUGCAAUGGAGGCCUGCAUGGCGAUGGAUCCUGCUUCUGUGCUGAAGGCUGGACUGGAGAACACUGUGAAAUCAAACUAGUCACGACGCCCAUUUGCUCUCCUCCAUGCCAUCCCCAAGCCACCUGCCGCUCUGGCAACCUGUGUGAAUGCAACCUACACUAUGAAGGAGAUGGGCGAAUGUGCUCAGUGAUUGACAUGUGCAGCCCAGACAAUGGGGGGUGUGCCAGGCAUGCACACUGCAUACAGGUUGGCGUCAACAUGUCCUGUACCUGUGCUCCUGGAUAUCAAGGCGACGGCUAUGUCUGUGACCCCAUAGACAGAUGCAUGGAUGGUAGGAAUGGGGACUGCAGUGAGCAUGCCAACUGCAUCAGCACUGGGCCAAAUGAGCGGCGCUGCGAGUGCAAACAGGGUUAUGUUGGCGAUGGGAUCCAGUGCCUAGAAGAGGCUGUGCCCCCCACGGAUCGGUGCCUGGAAGAGAAUGGGCAAUGCCAUCGGGAGGCGAUUUGCACUGACCUGCACUUUCAUGAUAAAACUGUGGGCGUAUUUCAUCUGCAGUCAUUCCGAAAAAAGUACGACUUCACUUACGAGCAGGCUCAGAAGGCCUGUGCAGCAGAAGGUGCUUCCCUGGCCACUUUCCGGCAGCUCUCAGCAGCACAACAGAUGGGUUUCCAUCUAUGCUUGGUGGGUUGGUUGGACAACGGCACAGCUGGAUACCCCACAGCCUACCCCAAUCCCAGCUGUGGAGCUAAUCGAGUAGGCAUUGUAGACUACGGCUCCCGAAGCAAUCUGAGUGAGACUUGGGAUGCAUUCUGCUAUCGGGAGAAAGAUGUGAUUUGCACCUGUCGUGAUGGGUUCGUGGGAGAUGGGUAUUUAUGCAGUGGCAAACUCCUGGAUGUGCUUGCGGACCAUGCUCGCUUCUCCACCUUCUAUUCCAUGCUGCUUGAUUUUGCCAAUGACACAGAAGAAGGACUGGCCUUUUUAAUGUAUUUGUCUGAUGACGCCGCUCUCAAAACUCUCUUUGCUCCUUUGAACUCUGGCUUCGCAGACAAUGAAACACUGACAGGAGAAGAACUGAAGCUCCAUGUGUCGUCCAGCGAUGUCAUGCUAUUCAGCUUCAAUCUCACUACAGGCACCAUCAUCCCUUCCCAGUCAGGAUACAGUCUCCAUGUCUCAGACCUCUUUGUGGGGAAUGGCACAGAGCACUCAGAUGCCAAGGGGAUCAAUGACACGAUGGUUGUGGAGUGGGACAUCAUAGCUUUCAACGGUAUCAUUCAUGCAAUUGCAGAACCACUGAGGAUCCCACCGCCACUAGUGCAUCUCAGUCAGGUGAACAGCAUAGCCCAGUCUUCAGGCUCCGUGGCCACAGGCACAUUGUUAGCGCUGUGCUUUGCUCUGGCGCUGGCUGCUGGGGCUGGUGUUGCCUAUUACUGCAUCAAAAGGCGACGUCGGGAUGAGCAGUUUGGGUAUGUUCAGGUAAGUGCAGACCGACAGCCGGGCAGUGGGUCAUGGGGAAGGGCACUAUCACGUCUGGAGCGAGGGCAGUAAGGGAAUUUAGGCAGG